CUGUAAUUCCUACUUUACCGACGCGAUAAGCGCGUUUCGCUGCAACUCCGUGUUAUUGCGUCGCGUCGCUGCGAUCGAAUCGCCAAAAUCGUGCAUUUAUCAGUGUGGAAGCCAUUUUUUGUGUCGUCUAAAUUGGGCUAAAGCGAGCACAAACCAGACACCAUGCCGGAGGUUCUCAAAUUUGAAGAUUUGAAAACAGCCCCCUUUGACCCCCGUUUUCCCAAUACCAACCAAACUCGCUACUGCUACCAAAGCUAUUUGGAUUAUCACCGAUGCCAGAAACUGAGAGGAAAGGAUUACAAACCAUGCGACUACUUCAAGAAGGUUUUCCAUUCAAUGUGCCCCAAUGCCUGGAUUGAGAAAUGGGAUGAUCAAAGGGAAAAUGGCACAUUCCCUGGCAAUAUCUAAACAUUUCUUGUCAGUAGAUAUAAUGUAGUUUACAUUCUUUUAUUAUUCAGUGUUAAACUGUGUAAAUAAUUUACGUUAAAUAAAUAAUGUCCUAAAAUAA